CUGGACUCGAUGGUGACUUGCAACAGCUUUACCACCGUCGGGACUCAUUAUGCGUCGUAAACGAAUGCUUGAUGUUUAGAGAUAGAGUAGUGGUACCAGAAUCCCUAAGAUCAAAGGUGCUAAAGCAAUUCCACACUGGUCAUCCUGGUAUAAAACGAAUGAAAUCCAUCGCCAGAAGCUAUGCUUAUUGGCCCCUCAUGGACCAACAUAUCGUGGAUUUAGUAAGCAAGUGCACACAAUGUCAGCAAGCAGCUAAGUGUAACGCGAAAAUACUACCAGUCCCAUGGCCACAGCCUGAGUAUCUCUGGUCCAGGAUACAUGUCGAUUUCGCAGGCCCAAUUAAUGGAAUCACCUAUCUAGUCGUUGUUGACGCCUUUUCGAAAUGGCCAGAAAUCGUUCCCGUCAUGCCACCAACGACAACCCAAACGAUGCAACUGUUGACAGAGAUGUUCUCUCGCAAUGGGUUACCGGAUAUAAUCGUUUCCGACAACGGUUCGCAAUUCACCUCAAGCCAAUUUCAAGAAUUUUGCAAACGCCUAUCGAUCAAGCAUUUCCGCUCUCCACCUUACCACCCACAGUCAAAUGGACAAGCAGAAAGAUUUGUGGAUACAUUCAAGAGAGCUCUAAUGAAGUCGAAAGGGGAGGGGACGCCAGUAGAAACACUGCAGAAUUUCUUGUUUGUUUACCGAACAACACCUAGUGAUAUGCUACCACAGCAGAAGUCCCCGGCAGAGAUCCUGAUGGGAAGGAAAUUGAGGACGAUCCACAGUCUCAUGUGCCCAAGAACCACACCACCACCAUCUCAGACCAAAUCUCAGAAGCUUCCAGCGUACGAGGUUGGAUGCCCUGUGUUCGCUCGAGACUACAGAGCAAAUCAUGGUCCCUGGAUCGAAGCACGUGUGGUCGGAAGACUAGGCCAAGUUAUGUACGAGGUAAAGGUGGGAAGAGACACAUGGACUAGACACCGAAAUCAACUACGUAAGCGGAUAGCCCCAGACCACCCAUCAACAGGACUAAAUCUUCCUCUCGACAUCUUGCUUGAUACUUUCAACUUACCGGCAACCCUACCACAAGAAAAACCCCAACAACAAUCUGGAACACGUCCCAGACGAUGGCCUAUAAGAGAACGGCGAGCUACAGUCAAGAUGCAGGUUGACCCCAGGAAAGCCCGCUAUUAAAAAGGGGAGGAGUGUUGGGGACGAUAGAUCCCCAAACUCAUAUUUUAAAUUUUAUCUUAUCGAUCAAAUGUUAGAUAUUUUUAUUGGGGUCAAUUGAUGAACUAUCGAUUAAAUGCGCAAAUAGGUCAAUUAAUGAACUCAUUGAUUAAUGUUUAAAAAUUUUCUAUGACAAUAUCGAUUGUAAAUAAUUGUAUAAAUACGCUUUGACUUGUAUGCUUGAUCUGAUCUGCCUGCCUGACUUGUUAUCUGCUGUUUGUCUGUAGAAUACACUUUCUACACCUUACCCAGACUUCUUGAUCGAGUUAGCAGAGUUGGGGACAACGGACCAGAAUACACUAUCGAGAUUCUGAAUCCUUGAUCCGAUCGAUAAGUCACUGUCUUAUAAUCGGCUGUCACUUUGAGACAUAACA